UUCCACAACUUCCAAACUCCAUAUAAGUCCUCUCUUUUGGUUUCUUGAGAUUCUUGGCAACAAGCUUAACGGCAUCAAGAAACGGACGGUGAGAAAAUGCCUUGUCUUUACAUUACAACCAACGUCAAUUUUGACGGCGUUAACACCGAUCCGUUCUACUCGGAAGUCACCAAAGCCGUCGCUUCCAUCGUCGGACGACCUCAGAACUUAGUGAUGGUGGUGUUGAAGGGAUCAGUAGAGAUAGUGUUUGGAGGGAACAAAGAAGCAGCUGCAUAUGCAGAGAUUGUGUCAAUGGGAGGUAUCACCAAACAAGUUAAGAGAGAACUUAUCGCGACCGUUGGUUCUAUUCUUCACACUCAUUUUUCUAUUCAUCCCACUCGUUUUAUCUUUAAAGUUUUUGAUAUCAAUUCUUUACCUCUUCCUUCUAAACUAUAGUACUGUUAUGAUCUUUGUAUUGUUCAUCAAACACAAAUUAUCAACUUGAUUGAUAUCAUUCAAGUU